GAGAAGAAGAAGAAGGGAAAGGUGGAGAGCCGGUCGGUCUCCCGCGGGAGGUCCCGGGCCGGGAGCCGCCCAGCGCCAUGGGGAAGAGGGACAACAGGGUGGCUUACAUGAAUCCAAUCGCCAUGGCCAGGUCCCGGGGUCCCGCCCAGUCAGCAGGGCCCACCAUACAGGACUACCUGAAUCGGCCGCGGCCCACGUGGGAAGAAGUGAAAGAGCAACUAGAAAAGAAGAAAAAAGGUUCCAAAGCACUAGCUGAAUUUGAAGAAAAGAUGAACGAGAACUGGAAGAAAGAGCUGGAAAAGCACCGAGAGAAGUUACUGGGGGGAAGUGAGAGUUCCUCCAAAAAGAAAGAGAGAAAGAAGAAGGAAAAGAAGAAGUCCGGUAGGUCUUCGUCGUCUUCUUCACCGAGCUCUGAUUCUUCCAGCAGCUCAAUGGAUUCUGAUGAGGAGGAUAAGAAACAAGGUAAGAAGAAAAGAAAAAAGAAGUACCGGCCGCACAAGUCUUCGGAAGCCUCGGGCUCUGAGUCCGAAUCCGACGGCAAGGACAGCUUGAAAAAGAAGAAGAAGUCCAAAGAUGAACACGAGAAAGAAAAGGACGUCAAAAGCGUCAGCAAGAAGAGGAAGAAGGUUGAUCACGGAGAUAAGCCAGCAUCAUCUGAGUCAUUCUCAGAGUCGGAUCCUGCAGAAGAGGUGCAAGCCAAAAAGAAGAAAAGCGGAGAAGAAAGAGACAAAGCCACAGAGAAAACCAAGAAGAAGAAGAAGCCUAAGAAGCACGGCAAGAAGAAGAAAAAGAAGACUGCUGGUUCGGGGCCGGAGUCUGCGUAAUGUUAAGAAAACCAUCAGGAUUUCCCUUUGAAGAAAGUGCAAUGUUUAGAGGAAACUUCAACUGUGAAAAUUAGGGCCCAUCUCACCGAAAUGCAUGAAUUUUCCCGAGUUUUUAGAAUUUUUCCUGGACUUUGGGUUGCCAGCCAGGCCCCACCAGGCCGGGAGAGGCCAGAGCCGUGGCCUGCCGCUUCCUCUGGGGGCUCGGCCUUGCCUUACUCGGCCCUCUUCUGGGGUUGGCGGGGGGGAGGCGCUCCCCCCUCUCCCUCCCCAACCCCAGAAGACCACCCACAGUAGCCCAGCUGGUCUUGAAAUCUUGGAAAUAAAGGCAAAUCUUUUAGCUAUUGGAAGUGGCAUUUUUGGCGAGAAGCGUCUAAUUUUCUGCCAGUUGAAAUGGAAGGCCACCCACAUCCUUAGGACGUGUUCAGUGGGCCGAAGCAGAGGAGCCCCGGUGACGACAGUUGGCGUUUUGGAAGCGCGGGCCUGCUGUCGGCUUCCUCCACGAUCGGUUGUUUUUUGUAGAUAAGUGUGUUUUCAUAGAAUUUAUUUCUUUUAAUAUGAUUUUGGGGACCCGGGCCGAGGACCGGGGGAAGGGGCCGGGAGGGAGGCUCGCGAUCAGCCUAGCCAGCCGGAUGGCGUGUGUGUGCCUUUGGUCCGAACGAAUCCCAUCCGUCUCUGCCCCUUCCCCACAGACCUGGUCCACUGCCGGCUUUCCUGGCCCGGACCUCAGUUGGGUCUGGAACCUCAGCCGGCUCCACGGGAAAGGGCAGCGAUCCCAGAGGGUCGGCCUCCACCCCGCUUCCCAUCGCUGUCCUCUUUUGGACUCUUUUCUAGGAGUAACUUGGGUUCUGUCUUUUGGAUCAGAGUCCCGGGUCCAGGUGGGGAGAGGAAUCAUUUUAAAUACACUGGUAUUUUUGGCAUUGAGAAAGUCUGCUGAAUUUUGUUUGCAUGUUUUCUACUGAUCUGAAUGGGAACGGAUUCGCCGGGAGACAUUCAGGAGGGGCCUGGGGUUGUGGGGGGAACCCUCUAUCUUUUGUAUAAGUUGUGUUCGGGCUGCAGCUCUCCCGGCAGCCCCCUCCUUGCUCUGUGUUCAGCUCCCGCCUGGGUGUUCGCGCACUCGGCUGAUGAUAUUUAGCAUGUACAAGGGCAGGUUUUUUGAUAUUCCACAGCUUCAUAUUGAAGCUGACUUUACUAGAAGCAAAUUCAGCGGCAGCCAGAUAUGCUCUGUGUCUUGUUUCACGAAACUGCUAUCAGAAUCUCAGUAAACACACCAUUUCAAAAGUUUGUUGUCUUUAUAUAUUGAUAUUGAAUGAAGGCACGGGUUAAAUUAAAGUGAGAAUGACCUGA